AUGAAACUAACCACUCAAACUAUCUGUUCACUUUUUUCACAUCGCAGAGCCCAACGGUAUAUCUUUUGGUACGACAAGUACUACCUGCACGCAUACAUCCCGACGCACAUCAACUUCGGCAACUACAUCCAGGGCGUCCUGACGGGCGUUAUCUACAACGAGCUGCAGAAGCGGUCGAUCAAUCUGGCGCAAAGUAAAGUAUUUAGCAUCGUGUGGUAUCUUACCUUCGCGAUCGUAUUCCUCUCGAUGCUGCCGUCGUACAUGUUCUACGUGAAUGACUUCCCCACGCCAUCGGUCUGGAUGGCUGCGUACUUUGUCGUGUCGAAGAAUCUGUAUGGCAUCGGUACAGGGAUCGUGAUUCUGGGCCUGAUUUACGGUGUGAAUGGGGUGUUCAAGCGUAUGCUUAACUAUCCGUUCUUUGAACCGCUUGGCCGGUUGGCGUACGGUGCGUACCUGGUGCAUCCGUUCGUGAUGCGUCUCAUGUUUUUCACUGCACGCGGACCGGUUCAUUACAGUGACUUACUGACGGUAAAGUAGUCUGGCAGGCAGGCGGGCGAAGGAGGUCAUGUUGAUACUUACUAUCGAUCACUUUGCAU